GUGUUUUUCUUAUCGUGUGUUUGCAGAGAUCGAAAAAGAGUCGUCACGGUGAAAUCCAAUCCAAAUCACACCACCGCGCGAGAGAGACACGAAGUCGCGACGAGCCGACGAAGCGAAGGAGAAGAAGAAGAAGAAGAAGAAUUAACGAAGCCGAAGAGGAAGAGGAAAUAGAAGAGGGAGAGGGAGGGUGAGAGGAAGAAGGGAGAAUUCGAGGUCGCUUCGAGCUUGGAAUCGCAGGGUCCCCUUCGCCGGCGCUCCUCCUGCCACUUCUACCCCCGAGAGCACGAAAUCGAUCUUCGGAGCGGUCUUCAACGAGCAUUCCGUCUACAGAUACGGGAUCUUUCUCGAGCUUCCGGCCGCGGAUUUUUUUAUCCUCUAGUUGGAUUCAGUCCCUCUAGGGUUUUGAUCCAGCUCGAUCGCAAUUCCCUUCUCGUGGGAGGCCUUUCGAGUUGGUUCAAGCUGGGGAUCAUUGCUUGCCAAGUGGAUCUUUGUAGUCCCUGCUUGCUCUAGGGUUUUGCGCCCGCGCCCUGAGAUGGGAUUUUCGACCGGUUGUUUAAGCUGAGGAGAAGGAUAUUGGUUAUGACUUGCUGAAUCCGCUGGAAGUGGAUCGAGAUUUAGUUUCUUUUCUUUGGGUUUGAGAUAAGAGGGUGGAAGAAACGAAGAACACUAAUUUUGUUGAUCUGGUGAGUUGUAUGGCCCCCGUGCAUUGAGAGAUGCCAACGCCGAUGCCGCAGCCUUCUCAGCAUACCCGGAUCAAUCUCGGUGACCUCAAGUUGCAGAUAGCUAAAAAGCUAGGCCCUGAGCGCUCCCAGCGAUAUUUCGGCUAUGUGAAUCAGUUGUUGGCACAAAAGCUGAGCAAACCAGAUUUCAACAAGUAUUGUCUUUUGAUACUCGGGCGCGAGAAUAUACCUUUGCACAACCAUCUUAUUCGCUCGAUCCUCAAGAAUGCCUUUCUGGCAAAACACCCACCUUCACUUGGCCUUGAGAAGGAUGCUCCAAAGUCUGUUGAAGUGGUUGGAAAGAACUCAUCUCAAAACGAAAGCGUCGUUAACCAUUUGACAGCACCGACAGCGAAGCACACAUUAGGGUGCAAUGGGAACAUCUUACCUCCAUCCCCUCGCAAGGCUAGGUCAUGCAUCCGAGACCGGAGGAUCAAAGAUCGUCCUAGUUCUCUUGGACAGAAUGGAGGAAUGGAUGCGACUUCUUAUCAGUCUUUGGUGUCCUUAGAUGAGAAUGUCACCCAAGAGAAUGGUGUUCUUGGCCCUUGUGAUUUGAAGAGACCAAUGCAGCAUCAUCAAGGUGUCCCCUUGGAGCAUCCUGUAAAGAGACCGCGGAGAGAAAAUAGGACACCUCAUGAUCAAGCUUAUGUAGAGCACAAGGGUUCAGUUGAGUUUUUAGUCAUGGAAGGGAUGGAUGAGUUGGAACAAGCUGAUGAUUUGAAUUUCAAGAGAGGUCCUCUUCAGGCUCCACUUGGGAUCCCUUUCUGUCCUGCAAGUUUGGGUGGGGCACAAAGAUCUUUGCCCUUAAUUACUUCUAGCAGCAGUAAUCAUAGUAGUAACUAUCAUUGUGGAGAGUUAUGCCAUACUGAGUCUCUAAAGAGAAGGAUGGAGAAAAUAGCAGAAGCCCAUGGCUUGGAAGGAGUCACAUUGGACUCCUCUAAUCUAUUAAAUAAUGGCUUAGAUGUUUAUUUGAAGCUUCUAAUUAGGUCUUGUGUUGAAUUAUUAGGAAUAAGGUCAGGUCAUGAUCAAACAAAGCCUUCAGUCUUCAAGCAGCAAGCACAAGAGAAGCCGAUUAAUGGUGUUUGGUCUGGAAAUCACAUGCAUGUACAGAAUAGUGGUAGGUCUUCAGGCAACUUGCAGAGGCUGAAAACACAGAGUUUGAUAUCUCUGCAGGAUUUAAGGGUGGCAAUGGAGUUGAACCCACAGCAACUUGGUGAAGAUUGGCCACUGCUACUUGAGAAGAUAUGCCUCCGUUCAUAUAAAGAAUAAGGAAAGUCAAUUCCAGGGGUAGCUUUGUAUCUGUCAAAUUUUUGUUUGGUGGAUUUUAAGAACCUCAAGGGUGGUUUACUGUGGCUGCUUGUCAUCUCUCUGUGGAGCAUUGUUAUUGUUUGGGGCAAAAUUCUUUUAUAAUAUACUUAGCGGAUUCAAAUGAAUCAUCUUCAUCAAAUCAGUCAAUGCCUGAACUUUGAAGAAAGUUAAGUUUUACCAAUUUGGUACAUUGCUGGAUGUUUUGAAUCCAUAAGGUCCACCAGAACCAGAGAUUACAACCUUUCAUAUGGUUUACAGAAUGUUCGGAAAUCAGUUUUGCAGGAAACUAAUAUGUAACUUUGUUAUAGGUAAAAUCAAUUUUGUCAGUUCUCAUGAGAUUGCAGUGUAUUUAUUCUUUAUUGGAUAAGUUGCUUGGGUAAUCUUGAUAGUGGCAGUCUCUUGUUAAUGAUUGUUUAGGAAGAUAUGUUUGGGUUAUCCCAAUAUAAUCAACUUAUAAGAAACCAUGUGGAGAAGUUCUAUGUAUCUUUUCUUUACAGAGUUCAAUCUAAUUGUCUUAUUCUAA